AUGGUAAUUAUCUAUAGUUGUCGUAGCCUACGAGUAUCAAACAAUGGAGCACGCGUUGAAAUCGUUUGUUUCAAAGAAGACACAGAAGUGAGCGCAUUUUAUAACGAAAAAGGGGAUCAGACUGGAGAUGUAAACCUUAUGUUUGUUACUGGCAACUUUUACCAAAAAGAAGUUGAUGUCAUUGGCGCUCAAGUCUUGGAACUACCUUACGGCAGUGAUGAAAGAUACACUGCACUAUUCUUUCUCCCAUAUCCAGAUGUUUCACUAUUCAGUGUCAUAGAAAAAUUGAAAACAAUCACAUUGACCACCAUAUUUAAACUGUUCGAAGCCGAAGAAAAGCAAGACGUGAUGGUACAGCUCCCAAGAUUCAAGACAAGCACAAAUUUAAAUAAUCUAAAAGAGCUCUUGUCAGAUAUGGGGUUGAGAACUAUGUUUGACAGUUCUCAAGCGAGCUUCACGAAGAUAUCUCCUUAUGAAUUAUCAGUUUCAGAUUUCUUUCAAAAAGCUGAUAUAGAGGUCAAUGAGGAAGGAACAACAGCGAGUGCCGUUAGUGGAGCAGGCUUCAUAUCAAGAAGUUUACCGGAAAAAUUCACAGCAAAUAGACCAUUCCUUUAUAUGAUAAUAGAUAAAGAGAUUGAAGUACCACUAUUCGCUGGUGCAAACUCAAAACCAAGUGUUUAUUAAUGCCAAAAAUUAUUUAAUUAAACGGCUACUACUUUA